UCUUUUGGCUGGUAUCAGGGGAGAUUAGACCAGUGAGAUUUUACAGUGCUUCAAGCAAACUGGACUGGUCAUUGGAGUUUUGGGUAGGCCUGCAGAGGAUUAAAUGCAUCAAAUGCUAGCAGGUGUACAGUAUAAGUUUGGCCGUAGAUCUGUGGAACAGAGGAUAUGAAUGGCAACGCAGAUGAAGUGAGGACCAAUAGUCUGGACACACCGCUGUGGCUAUUUCUUGCUGAAUACUUUGACAUUCAACAAUUGAAUAAUUUCAGAGGAUGAUGAAGAGGUGGAGUCUAAGUGUACACUUACACUAACUCAUGUUAAAGGCUUGGUAAUAUGUGUUAACAGCUAAAGGAGGUCACACAUUGUGCUGUGAAUGAUAAACUGUUAAAGAAAGCACUUUUUCGAGCUGUCAGAGAUUAAGCAAGCAGACAUGGACACUCACGGGAAACAAGGUGAAGUUUACCUGCAACAUCAGAAACAUGGCGAGAAGUGGAAGCGAUAUUGGUUGGCCCUUCAUCCGGCUAGUCAGCACGGCGUGGCACGGUUAGAAUUAUCAGAAGCCGUUCAUGAACGGUCAACUGUGGUGGUCAGACGACAUCCAGAGAGGAAAGUUGUACGUCUGGCCAACUGUGUGAGUGUCGUCAAGCUGCCGCCUCAUGCAGAGGCUUGUCCAGGGGAAAACAUGGCUGCUUUCUGUGUGGAGAUGGAGGACAGGAGGCUUGUAUUUGCAGCAGAGAAAGAAAGCUGUGGAGAAUGGGUGGACAUAAUAUGUAACAAUGCCUUUCAGAAACACACUAAAAGUGGGCCACAGCCAGUACCUCUUAUGGAGGACAAUCAGAUCUACAUGUCCAGAGAACAAUUGUGCGAUUUUAAAGUGGUUGUACUGCAGAACGAGGCUUCAGUUCGAUGUGGUCUGAAAGGACAGUACUGGCUACAAGCUGGUGAGGACAUGCUAGUUCUUCAAGAUCUGGAGACCAGGAGGACUGUAAUGGAGUGGCCAUAUAAGCUGCUGCGCCGCUAUGGGCGAGAUAAGAUGCUGUUUUCUAUAGAAGCAGGCAGGCGCUGUGAAUCGGGCCCUGGAACCUUUAACUUUGAGACCAGACAGAGUGACGAGAUCAUUCGCCUUACUGAGUCGGCUAUUCGCCUACAGAAGAGCCUUGCCGUUACUGGAGACAGGCACUCGCCACGUUCUCGUUCUCCUCGCUCACCCCUUCCAAGACGCCCUGAUAGUUUUACUUUGCUUGAUACGGAGGGCAGCAACAGCCCUCAGCCUUCAGACACAAAACUGCCCUUGAACCCUAAUCCAGCAGAUGUCCUUGGCCCAAACAUAUAUGCUGUACAUACAAAACCUUCAAGUCCUAUUGGCUUAACCGAACCGAAAGAUUCCAUUUGCUCCUUAAAAAGCACACACUCGGAUCCUGGUGGCGGUAUUAGCUUGAUUGAGCCUGUGUAUUCAAAUCCUGCGAUUUUAAUAGGCAGACAUGAACCUGUGUGUGCAGAUAUAAAGACAGAUCCUCUCCAAUCUCAUCAUUGGGAUGAAUCAGAACCAGUGUAUUCUGAUCCUGCAGAUGUCAUCCGCCCAAAACCUAACAAUUGUGUCCAAGCCAAACCGACCGACACCAUUGACUACCGGCCUGUCAAGACAACACCAAACAAUGGCAAGCAGCAAGAACCUGUGUACUCUGAGGUGUACAACCAUGUCAAACUAAACACAAGUAAAAGACUUAACCAGAAGACUGAGGAGCCCAUUUAUAGUGUACCUGAGAUUGUACAGUCAACUCAGAAUAAUAACUCUCAACAAAACAAAAUGCCUGAGGAGAACCAACCCAUCUACAGCAAAGUUAACAAACCACCCAAAACCCCUCAGCCAUUCCAUGAAAAGAAGCUAAGCCAAACACCGGAGGUCGUCUCUGAGGACCUUGGAAUGAUUUGAUUAAAUCUGUAAUAU